UCGCAUCCUGUCUCUCUCCAGACCCCAGAUCUUUCUCCCCUCAAGGCAGCGAUUGCAGCGGCGGUUCGUCGGCAGCCUGCCGCAGGCUGAAAAUACAAUUGUUAUCGGCAUGUGAUGUUAUUGCAGAUUGCGGAACAUAUCAAGAAAACAAAACCAUGGCCUCAAAGGGUCCUAGAUCAAAGCUAGACCAUGAGUCAAGAGCUAGGCGUCAAAAGCAGGCUCUAGAAGCCCCAAGGGAGCCUCCUCGACCAAAAACUCAUUGGGAUCAUGUUUUGGAGGAGAUGGUUUGGUUGUCAAAGGAUUUUGAAUCAGAGAGAAAGUGGAAGUUGGCUCAGGCCAAAAAGGUGGCGGCAAGAGCUAGUAAGAGUGUUCUGGACCAUGCCACUCGGGGAGAGAAAAAAGUGAAGGAAGAAGAGCAGCGUUUGAGAAAAGUUGCCCUUAAUAUUUCGAAGGAUGUAAAGAAAUUUUGGUUGAAAAUCGAGAAGCUGGUUCUUUAUAAGUAUCAAUUGGAGCUUGAGGAAAGAAAGAAAAAGGCUCUUGAUAAACAGCUUGAUUUUCUUUUGGGUCAAACUGAAAGGUAUUCCACAAUGCUAGCAGAAAACCUUGUAGAUAUGCCGUAUUCUUCUAAAACAGUGCAUGUAGAUUCUGGAGUGGAACAACCAUGCAAUUCAAAGAGAGAGGGGGAUAAAAGUAGCCUUAAAAAUACUACAACUGAUCCUGAGACACAGUUAUAUAAUGUGGAGACCGAUGAUGAAUAUGGAAUCCAAUCCGAUGAUGAGUUGGAAGAUGAUGAAUGUACUAUUGAUGAGGAUGAGGCUCAAAUUACAGAGGCAGAACGGAAGGAAGAACUGGCUGCCUUGCAAGUUGAAGCUGAUAUACCACUCGAGGAAGUUAUCAAGCGCUACACAAUGAAUAAAUUUAGCAGGGAAGUCAGUCCAGAAAGUUUUGAAAAUUCGGCCAAACCACCUAUGAAGAGAGAUCAGAUUAAGGAUUCUUGGAACCAAGUAAAUGGCUCUAAUCAUGCUGUUGAGAUUUCAUCAGAUGUUGAUCAUCUGCUUGCAGACAAUGAAGGGCCUCAUUUAAUGGGCAGAAUGAUUGAAAACAGCCACCCAGGCCGUGGUUCCAGUCUGCACCCUCAUAUUUAUUUGCAGGGCGAUCACAAUGGUGAUUCUUCCUGCCCGGAAGGCCAAUCAACCAUUAAGAAAUCACAACCAAAACUUUACGUAGAGCCUCUCAACCAGUCAGAUAUGGAUUUCUCACCUACUGGUUCUGGUGAUGAACAGGAUGAUAGAGAUUAUAAUGUCAUUGCUGAGGAAGAAAAGGAUGAUGAAACAACAUUGUCUGAAGAGGAAGAGUUGGCAAAGAAAGAAGCAACUGACCCUCUGGAUGAGAUCAAGUUACUGCAACAAGAGAGUGAAAUGCCUAUUGAAGAGCUGCUUUCAAGAUACAAAAAGGAUGACUUUACUGAUGAUGGCACCAUGGAAUCUGAAUGUGCCUCCUCAAGUUCUGAUGAUCAGGUGGAUUGUGCAAUGCAUCAGGAUGUUCAAUAUGGCAGUCAAAAUCCCACCUUGGAUGAUGGUAUGUUUCAAGAGCACAAUCCUGCUGAACCCAGGGAAUCAGACUCUGCUAUUGAAGAAGCAGAGGUGAAUCAUGAUCGGAUAAUGGAUGGAAGAGAGAGCGAGAAUAUAAUUGCUGAUGCAGCUGCUGCUGCAAGAUCAGCACAACCAACUGGUAACACUUUCUCAACAACGAAAGUGCGUACAAAGUUCCCAUUCCUUCUUAAGCACCCUCUUCGUGAAUACCAACAUAUUGGCCUAGAUUGGCUGGUCACAAUGUAUGAGAAGAGGCUUAAUGGAAUUUUGGCAGAUGAAAUGGGUUUAGGGAAGACAAUCAUGACAAUUGCUCUUCUUGCACAUCUAGCAUGUGAAAAGGGAAUAUGGGGACCUCAUCUCAUAGUGGUGCCAACUAGUGUUAUGCUGAACUGGGAAACCGAAUUUCUUAAAUGGUGCCCUGCUUUCAAAAUACUGACAUACUUUGGAAGUGCAAAAGAACGGAAGCAUAAGCGACAGGGUUGGCUAAAACCUAACUCCUUCCAUAUAUGCAUAACCACUUACAGGCUUGUUAUACAGGAUUCAAAGGUAUUCAAAAGGAAGAAAUGGAAAUAUUUAAUUUUGGAUGAAGCUCACUUGAUAAAGAACUGGAAAUCUCAGAGGUGGCAGACUCUAUUAAAUUUUAACUCAAAGCGCCGGAUUUUAUUGACUGGAACACCUCUACAGAAUGACCUCAUGGAACUUUGGUCUUUAAUGCAUUUUUUAAUGCCUCACAUUUUUCAGUCUCAUCAGGAGUUUAAAGACUGGUUUAGCAAUCCAAUUUCUGGUAUGGUAGAGGGUCAAGAAAAGGUUAAUAAAGAAGUUGUAGAUCGGUUGCACAAUGUGCUUCGUCCUUUUAUACUGCGGCGUUUAAAAAGGGAUGUUGAAAAGCAACUUCCAAAGAAGCAUGAACAUGUCAUAUAUUGUCGACUUUCUAGAAGACAGCGGAAUUUGUAUGAGGAUUUCAUUAACAGCUCGGAAACACAAGCGACAUUGGCAAGUGCAAAUUUUUUUGGCAUGAUUAGUGUUAUAAUGCAGCUCCGUAAGGUCUGCAAUCAUCCCGAUCUUUUUGAAGGCCGUCCAAUCAUAAGUUCAUUUGACAUGGCUGGUAUAGAAAUGCAACUAAGCUCUUCUGUUUGCACAAUCCUGUCUUCUGGUCCAUUUUCUGAGGUUGAUCUGAGAGGCUUGAAUUUUGUAUUCACCCAGCAUGAAUUCAAUAUGACCUCAUGGGAGGUUGAUGAAGUUGCAGCAAUUGCUUCUUCUCCAACUUUAACCAAGGGCACUGGACUGCAGACUUUGGAUGGAGUGUCAUUCUGCAAUAGUAGAUAUGAGAAAAAGAGAAGAGUUCAUGGAACUAAUAUAUUUGAAGAGAUUCAGAUAGCCCUUUGGGAGGAAAGAGUGAAACAGUUAAAAGAAAGGGAAGCCUCUAUUGCAUGGUGGAAUUCUUUGCAGUGCCGUCAGAAACCUAUAUAUGGAACUAAUCUAAGGGGGCUUGUUACUAUAAAAGAUCCUGUUCAUGAUAUUCAUGAGCAGAAGAACAAACCUUCAUGCUACAUGAACUUUUCAUCUAGACUGGCAGAUAUAGUUCUGUCACCUGUUGAACGCUUUCAGAAGAUGCUUGAGGUAGUUGAAUCUUUUAUGUUUGCUAUCCCUGCAUCACGAGCCCCUGCUCCUGUUUGCUGGCUUAGCAGAGGUAGAUCCUGUGUUUUUUUGGAACCAGCUUAUAAGGAAAAAUGCAUUCAGGUUUUUUCUCCUCUCCUUACACCCAUUAGACCUGCCACUGUUCGUCGACAAGUGUAUUUUCCUGAUAGGCGUCUUAUACAAUUUGAUUGUGGGAAGUUACAAGAGCUUGCUGUCUUGCUGAGGCGCUUGAAAUCAGAAGGUCAUAGGGCCUUGAUAUUCACUCAGAUGACUAAGAUGCUUGAUAUCCUGGAGGCAUUCAUUAAUUUGUAUGGCUAUACAUAUAUGCGUUUGGAUGGAUCCACACAACCAGAAGAGCGGCAGACUCUGAUGCAGCGGUUUAAUACAAAUCCAAAAUAUUUUCUUUUUAUUUUAUCCACUCGUAGUGGUGGUGUGGGGAUUAACCUAGUCGGUGCAGACACUGUCAUCUUUUAUGAUAGUGAUUGGAAUCCUGCAAUGGAUCAACAAGCUCAAGAUAGAUGCCACAGAAUUGGACAAACACGAGAAGUUCACAUUUAUCGACUUAUUAGUGAGAGCACCAUUGAGGAGAACAUCUUAAAGAAAGCAAAUCAGAAGCGGGCUCUUGAUGAUUUAGUCAUUCAGAGUGGCAGUUACAAUACAGAGUUCUUUAAAAAGCUGGAUCCAAUGGAACUAUUCUCUGGUCAUGGAGCACUUCAUAUGGAAAAUCUGCAUAAGGGGAACUCCAGUGCUGUUGAAUGUUCCACCAAUGAAAUGGGGGUGCAUUUGUCAAAUGCGGAUGUUGAAGCAGCUAUCAAACAUGCAGAAGAUGAAGCAGAUUACAUGGCCCUCAAGAAAGUAGAGCAGGAAGAGGCUGUAGAUAAUCAAGAAUUCAGUGAAGAGGUUAUUGGAAGGCUAGAUGAUGACGAUCUUGCUAAUGAAGAUGAUAUGAAGCCUGAUGAAAAAAUUGCUGAAGAACAGAGUUGCUGGACUUCUGUUGGAAACAGGGAUGAUGAAAGUACUUUAUGUGGGAGUAAUGUUAAUGAUGAAAAGGCUCUUACGUUGGCUGGGGGAGAUGAAGAUAUUGACAUGCUUGCGGAUGUCAAGCAGAUGGCUGCUGCAGCUGCUGCUGCUGGACAAGCAAGUUCAUCUUUCGAAAAUCAACUUCGACCAAUAGAUAGAUAUGCUAUGCGUUUUCUGGAUCUUUGGGAUCCAAUAAUUGACAAAUCAGCUAUAGAAUAUCAAGUGAACAUUGAAGAGAAAGAAUGGGAGCUCGAUCGGAUUGAAAAAUUCAAAGAGGAUCUAGAAGCUGAGAUUGAUGAAGAUCAGGAGCCCUUCUUAUAUGAAAGAUGGGAUGCUGAUUUUGCAACUACAGCAUACCGGCAACAUGUUGAAGCUUUGACUCAGCGCCAGUUGAUGGAAGAACUAGAAGGUGAAGCUCAGGAUAAAAAAGAUGAAGAUGAUGAAAAUUAUGAUGCUGUCAGGAAUGUGGCAGCAGUUGAACGUAAGCCUAAGUCGAAAAAGAAGUUGAAGAAGACAAAGUUCAAGUCGCUGAAGAAGGGACCUCUAGCAUCUGAAUCAGAAACUGUGCAUGAACCACCAGUAGAUCCCAUGCAUGUUGAUGAUAAGGUUCUUUCUCCAGAGAUCAUCUCUCCUGAGUCACCAUCACAUUCGCCUCCCAUGAAAAAGCGUAAGAAGGCUAUAGCUGCACCAGAAGAAAAGAGCUCAAGAAAAUGCUUGAAAAAAAUGAAGAAAGCUCCUGAGAGUAAUUCUGCAGCAGAUUCUGACUCAGCAGUUAAGAAACUUAUGGAAACCAGGGCCAUCAAAUAUGGAGAGGGAACUAACGAUCUUGAUCUCAAACAAGCAAACAGAAUCAAGACAGGAGGCAGGAUUUCAAUCACAUACAUGCCAGUAAAACGUGUUGUGGUGGUCAAGCCAGAAAGGUUAAGAAAGAGGGGACAUGUUUGGUCAAAAGAUUGCUUUCCUUCUCCAGAUUCUUGGUCAUCCCAGGAGGAUGCCAUAUUGUGUGCAGCUGUACAUGAAUUUGGUGCACAUUGGAGUCUUGUGAGUGACACGCUUUAUGGUAUUCCUGGUGGUGGGUUUUAUAGAGGGAGGUUUCGCCAUCCUGUCCAUUGUUGUGAGAGGUUUCGAGAACUAUUCUUUAAAUAUGUUAUGUCUGCUGUUGACACUUCUAACACUGAAAAGAUUAACCCUUCUGGAUCUGGAAAGGCUCUCCUAAAAGUGACCGAGGAUCAAGUUCAUGCAUUGGUCAAUGUGACAAGUGAGCUGCCUGACAAUGAAUUGCUUCUUCAAAAACAUUUUAUUGCAAUACUUUCUUCUGUAUGGAGAGCAAGAUGUCGUGUCGAGCGCUGUCAAAGCACGCCAUCUUCUAGACAAAGUUUUUAUUCGAGCAGGCUUAUCUCCGAUUCAUCUGGGAAGAAUUCUAGAAGACCAACUGAAAAAAUGAAGCUGGCAAAUUUGAGACAGAGCAGCAAGCUGGUGAUGACAGCCAUUGCUGAUGCUUAUAGGGAACAUCAAGAAGAACCAGUAGGUCUGCCCAGUCAGCCAGAGGCUUGUUCUAUAGUUGAUCAGUUGGAUCUAACAUUGAAUUUCGCCAUAGACCAAGUUAAUCAAGACACUGCUUUUCCAUCAUCAAUUACUGUGUCAAUACGUGGCCCAGAACCUCGACAAGAAGACAAUGUACCUCUUGAACGAUUUUUGCUAGCAGAAUCUUCUUGCAGAACUGCUGAGAACCGCUUCAGGCUGGCUUUAGGAGCUUGCUUUGAAGGUGAAGGUUCAGGAUGGGCAUUACCAGCUUUUCCUCCAGCGGAUAUUAUCAGAUACAAAUCUGGUUCGAAGUCUCAGUCUUUAGGCAAGCAUAAGUUUGCAUCUGAUUCAACCAAGCCUCCAAAAUCCAAAAUUCAGAGGACUACAGAACCAAAUGAAGAUUCAGGUUUGAUUGGCAAAUCCCUCUUGCCAUCAUCUAGGCAAACUCCUCUUAUCGAGAGCCACAGCUUGCCUCACGUCAUUUUGGAUUCUGGGAGUGACUAUUCUUUGUUCCCUGACAUGGAUGCAUUCCCACAAGAAACCGAAGGCUUUGAACUUGUUCCGCAUGAAUAUGACCCUAACUUUCUUGCUGACCUUGAGGAUAACUUUCUUGCUGACCUUGAGGAUCCUGGAUCAUUGCUGGAUAUAAUAGAUAUCGGAUGAUGCUUGUAACAAGUGGUGAAUUUGGUCCAAAAUUGCCAUCUGGAUCCUGAUCUUGUUGUUACAUGCAGGAUCGGUUUGAUGUGAUGACCGGCCACGCACAUUAUGUGCAUCCAGGUUUUGAAGGAUGGGCCAGUCAGGACAGGGUAGCAGUAUGUGGCAGGCACAGAAGAAGGGACGGCAAUGGAUGUGGUCAUUGGGUGUUUAUGCAUGUAUAAUACUAGUUUAGGUUUCGGUGAUGUAAUAUAUUUUUCCCUUGUUUAUGCACAGGGGAAGCUUGUAAUUCUUACCACAGGAAAUAUUUUCACAUGCAGAAAAUUUUGUUCGGUGGAUACCCGUUGAGAAGAAAAGAUGAAGGGCCUCCAAUUAAUUUUUUUUUAAAAAAAGCCAGCGUUUGAGCAAUUGA